CCUUUCCGUCUCGCGUGACUCGCCAGCCCCUUAGGUGGCACAUCAUGCAGCCGUUGCUUCGUGCGGCUCUGCUGUCAGCCCUCGUCGCUCUCUGCAAUGGCUACGACAUCAAAUUGCAAUCAAACGACGGUCAGCCCGUCGAUGGCGCCGUGACAUCGCUUCUCGCGGCCACGAGGGCCCUCAACGCCUCUCAGCACCGUCUCCAGGAGGCGCUUGCAACGACAGGUGAAGGCAGCCUCCUGGGGAUCAUGCCCCUAGGCUAUCAUAAUGUCUCUACUUAAGCUUGCAUCCGUCCGACUCGGUGCACUGUGGGCUUGUUUGCAGCUGCGUUCUUGGAGCUGGCUGGGAGGGAGCACAGCUCUGCCGUCGAACACAUCACUGCAGGCAUGUCGUGAUCCCACACACACGCCGUUCCACGUGGGUCAUUCAUUCGCAGGUGUCGGGGCGAACCACUCAGCUGGUGCCAAAGCAAAUAGUAAGGGGUGCCACUCUCUGUUCACUGAGCAUGUCUUUGUCCCUCCCUUCCACCUUUUCCUCAGCUGCAGGCGGUCCGUGCACAGUGAUUUUCGACUUGCCCAUCGCCAAAGCGGCCAAACCAGCUUCAGAAAGAUCGCUAACGACGAUUACUUUUACUACGGGACAGGCGCGUCCGGCUGCGGGCGCUCGAGCAUUGACGUCUGUGUGGUGACAGCCCUGCGGGUGGACCCCCUGGCAGACAACGCUGGCUCGGGAUACGGACAGUGCACACCGCCAUCCGACCGCUUGUACCACACCCUUCGUACCUCCGAGAGAGGAUCGUGCCUGUCGGGCGAACUCAGGGCGGCGGGGCUCAGUCUUGCGCAGAGAGCCGAGGUGUGCUGCACUCCGGCAUACGGUGUGACAGGAGGGCUGUUCUGCAUGGCGCCAGCCACGGUCAGCUGGUCGUAGAGACAUCAGGAGACAUUUAUCUCAGUAGGGCUUGUGUGCCGUGCUGUUCAUUUAGACCGUCGAGCUGCAGUCCUCGCCUCCCAACGCGGUCCCCAUGGGCGGGGUCUCCAUCAACCGCGUGGAGCGCCUCAUCGAGAAUUACCCUAAGCCUGGAUGGAAACAGAUCGUCCGCUGGUCAUUUCCUGGAGCUGUCGACUACAUAAGUGAGAUUCGAUGUCAUGCAGGCAGACUCGGCAUGUACACACCUGUGUGUGUCGCGCAUGCCGUUUGGGUGUUUGCAGACCCUCGGCAUCUCUAACUGAACCGACCACCCGAGUCGCAGGCCGACAUCCGUCCAUUCGUCCGUCCGCCUGUCUGUCUGCCUGUCUGUCUGCCUGUCUGUCUGUCAGCUGGGUGGGGGUCGUGCGGUCGGCAUUCACACGACACAGACAUCGUCUGGCUGCCUGCCUGCGCGCCUGCCUGCCACUGUGUACGUGCCAGGAUGCGUAUCUCCCCUGUCCGGCCGGUGCUUUCCUUUUCGUUUCCAUGUACAGUGACCGUGCCUGCGCAACAUUCAUGAUUUGUUUUUGGACGGGUGCCUUCGUGUAUGACCGAGUGGCGCCGGAACAGAAAGGAGACAGACCCCGAUGGGACGUCGAAAGUGAAACAGUGGCUGACUAGAGGCACCAAAGCGAAUGGCAAGAAG